AUGGGCCAAGAAAAAGAGCCGCAGGUUCAUAACCAUGUCCAGACAGUCCAAGAGAGCUAUGCAGAUGUUACUCUGCGACUCGUGGAAGAGCAUGGUGAUGAGUUUGGGCCACUAACACCCGAGAAGGAGAAGAGGCUGAGAAGAAAGCUCUAUUUCUAUAUCAUGGGGUUGAUGUCUGUCAUCAAUAUCGUUCUUUUUAUUGAUAAAUCAACACUUGGAUAUGCUGCUAUUCUUGGGCUUUUCGAAGAGACAGGAAUCUCCAAAUCACAGUACAAUACCCUGAACAGUUUGUUCUACGUCGGCUAUCUGGUUGGUCAAUGGCCUGGUCACUACCUUAUGCAGCGUCUUCCUCUCGGGAAGUUCGUCAGUGGCAUGGUCUUCCUCUGGGGAGCGAUAAUCAUGCUGCAUUGCGCGGGAACCAACUAUGCUGGCCUCGCCGUGCUUCGGCUAGUCCUCGGUCUCGUUGAAGCAGUGGUUAUCCCCGCCAUAGAGAUGACCAUGGGCAUGUUCUUCAAUCGCGAAGAACAAUCCUUCCUUCAGCCUAUUCUCUGGAUUACAUGUGUCGGCGCUCCAAUCCCUGCCGGCUUUAUCUCCUACGGUCUGCUAUUCAGCCACGGCUCGAUAUUUCCGUGGAAAUUAUUCAUGAUCAUCAUCGGCGGUCUUACUAUUCUGUUGUCUUUUUGGGUCUUUUUUGGAUAUCCUGAUAAUCCCGCCACAGCGAGAUUCCUCACCCUGGAAGAGAAAGUCCACGUCAUCAAUCGCGUGCAUAGUUCGCAUCAGAGUUCGAUCGAACAGAAACAUUUCAAAAAGGCUCAGCUGUUCGAAACACUGCGCGACCCUGUUUCUUGGUUAUUCGCUCUGCAAGCAUUUACCCUGAUGUACUGCAACAAUCUCAAUUACGGGCAGCAGAAUCUACUCACCACGUCUCUCGGGGUGUCGGAUCUGGGGUCAACGCUUGUCGCGGCGGCCGGAGGUGGGUUCGGCGCGGUGCUCUGCGUCGUUGCUACAAUUGCGCUGAAGCGGUUCCCCAAGUAUCUCGCUCUACACAGUACUGUGUGGUGCGUCAUAGCCAUGGCUGCUGGAAUCGGCAUGGUAACGAUAGCCUGGGAACGGAAACUGGCGCUUCUGGCAUGUAUCAUGCUUGCCGGCAACACAUAUAGUAUCACAUACAUCAUCGCGCUAGGCUGGGCAACUUCCUCGGCGGCUGGGUAUACAAAGAAGCUGACGCGGAAUGCGAUGUUCAUGGUUGGAUAUAGUGUUGGAAAUCUCAUCUCGCCGCAGAUCUGGGUCCCCAGUGCAGCGCCGAGAUAUUAUGGGGCGUGGAUUUCCAUGAUUGUUGUUAGCUGGGUCGGAACGCCGGUCAUUCUUUGCGUGAUCUGGUAUAUACUAGCAAAGAGGAACAAAGAGAGGAGAGAGUCUAAUGCGGUGGAGGAGAGAGAAGGGUGUGUCGAGCAGAUCGAGGAUGGGGUUGUGGUCACGAGAAAGGUUGAUGUUGCUCUGUUGGAUUUGACUGAUUUGGAAAACAAGUCGUUUGUUUACCCAAUUUGA